UCCAAAAUGGCUGCUACUGAGUUGUUGCAGUUAAUAGAUCACGAAAUUCCAGACGGAAGACAGACGUUACAGGAUAGUUAUGGAAAUCUUGAAAAAGUUGCACGAUAUUGUGAAAACAAUUAUGUUCAGUCAUCAAAUAAACGUGACGCACUGGAUCUCACCAAGAGUUACACGACUCACUCGCUAGCCAGCGUCGCGUACCAGAUCAACAGCCUAGCGACCAACUUCCUCAAACUGCUUGAUCUUCAGCAGAACCAGUUGGCGGAGAUGGAGUCAAGUGUCAAUCAUCUCUCACAGAUUGUCAGCAUUCACAAAGAAAAGGUGGCAAGGCGUGAAAUUGGUAUUUUGACGACAAACCGAAGCACAUCGCGACCUGUUGGGGUGAAAAGUGGUAUUAUCUUCCCCGAGCAGACAGAGCGACCAAUCAAAUACAUGCGCAAACCUGUCGACUACACCGUGCUGGACGAAGUUGGACAUGGAGUGAGACUGCACACCGCCGGUCCUAAACCAGUCCGCACUCCGUCAAUCAGCAGUCAGGGGUCACAUGCUCCAACCACGAUGCCGCCCACACCACCAGUGUCAAGAUCAGGGUCGAUAUCGGGCAACUCGUUAUCAGGGACACUAGGCAGGUCACAGGCUGGUCACUAUCGAUCAGUAGCACCACCUAUUGCCCCGCCUUCUUUGCCAGGUUCAAAUCCCUAUGGCCAAGGUAACCAACAGCAUUACCCAGGAAACUAUGCCCCUACUAUGAUGGGCACUAUCCAUACCCCUACACCCACAGCUGUGGGAAUAUCACGACCCAUUUCUCAAGGCAUGGGCUACCCACCUGCUCCAACAAUGGUACAGUCUACACCACCAUUAUCGUACCAGGAUUCAGUGGCACCGUACCGCUAUGUGAGCAAAAACGUGAGCAAGAGCUGGAUUGAUUCACCUCCGCCGCCACCCCCUGUCCCAGACAAUACUGAGACGGUUACUAUGGAGAUAGCAGCUUCUCCACCCCUUCCACCCCCACCAGUGACAAGCCAGGCCCCACCCCAGCCUCAGAUGGAAUACAUCCACAAUGCACCUCCCCCUCCUGCUGACUUCAGCGACAACCGCGAUGAUGAUGAGCAUGUCCAGAUCCGACAGGUUGACGAUGACCCGUACGCAGUCACUGGGCAGCAGUCUAUGAUCAUCAGACAAGAUCUGGUGCCUGAACAGUACAUUGAAAAAGUGGUGGCUAUUUACGACUACUCAGCAGAUAAGGCCGAUGAACUGUCGUUUGCUGAAAAUGCUGUCAUCUACGUCAUCAAGCAGAAUGACGACGGAUGGUGGGAGGGAGUUAUGAACGGAACGACCGGACUAUUCCCGUCAAACUACGUAGAACCGCUAAUAUGAACACGGUGACCAGACUGGUUCCCAUCAAACUAUGUAGACCAGCUGAUAUGAACAGUUGAUGUGUUACAAUGAACUUUCAUUCUAUACUGGUGGGAGGGAGUUAUGGUCAUUUCCCGUCAAACUACAUAGAACCGCUGAUAUGAACAGUCGAUGUAUUACAAUGAACUUUCGUUUUAUAUUGGUGAGAGGGAGUUAUUAAUGGAACCAUAGGACUGUUCCUGUCAAACUACGUAGAAUCGCUAAUAUGAACAGUUGGUGUAUUACAAUGAACUUUCAUUCUAUAUUAGUGUGAGGGAGUUAUGAACUUAUCCCGCCAAACUACGUAGAACCGCUGCUAAUAUGAACAGUCGAUGCAUUACCAAUCAUUUUCAUUCUAUACUAGUCAAUAUUGAAGCAGCCUUGGCAAUUAAGAAAAUGGUCUCAGAAAAAAAAAUAUAACCAGUAACACUGUUUCACUAUACAACACCCCUCAGAACAAUAGGUGCGAACUGUGAAAAAGCGGUGUGCAACAUGAAUAUUAGUAGCUAGAAAUAGCAUCAGUAAACACAACUGCAGAUUUGUAACAAUGCAAAAUUAAAAAUAUUUAAUCUUACAUUUAUACUGUUAUUUUAUUUAUUAUUUUAAAAUACAUGUAUAAACAAAUAAAAUGCACAUGUGUAUCAGCAUUCAGACAAUGUUCUGCAGUUAAGAGUAAGAUAGACUGUCCACAAGGCAUUUGUAAAGUUUACCGUUGGUUAUGGAAAUGGGGCUGUAUCAGAUAAUCGGUUUUACCGGUUAAUUUGACAUGCACUGGAACUAUGUAAUUAAGCAGAUUUGACUGUAUUGAGGAAAAAGUAUUUUGCUUCAUGUAAAAUAUACUUUGUCUGAGAAUUUCAGAUGGUUUAUAAUUGCCUUGGUGGAGAAAAAAACAAAUACUGCUGGAAAAGUAUUUUGCUUCAUGUAAAAUAUACUUUGUCUGAGAAUUUCAGAUGGUUUAUAAUUGCCUUGGUGGAGAAAAAACAAAUACUGCUGGAAAAGUAGUUUGCUUCAUGUAAAAUAUGCUUUUUCUGUGAAUUUCAGUGUAUUCAAUGGAGUGGGGGAAAUACUGAUGGAUAAGUAGUUUGCUUCAUGUAAAAUAUGCUUAGUUUGGAAAUGUCGGAUGUCCAUAACUAAGUUAAUAAAAACUAUUACAUAGCCGUAUGACACACAAGUUCGUAUCAAUAGAAUCUCUAUUUACUGAAAUUAAUUUCAGGGUUUCUGCCAGAGGGUAAAACGGGUAUGGCGCCAUACCCAAAUUCUUUUGCAGAUUUUUUCUUUUGAAGUUAACUAAUUACUCUUAUCAUUACUGUAUGAUUUUCUGAACCCUAACCCUAAACUUAACCCAUUUUCGUUUUGGUGAAGGCCCCCCAUACCCCCUGUUGACUGUCGUUGCAUUCAAUUCCAUAGCACCAUACCGGUUUUGUAGUCAUCAAAUGGUCACAGUUACUUGCGAAGUAUAAGUUACAUGGUCAGAACUAAAUGGUGCUUAAAUAAUUUACAGGUGUAUAUUUACCGUUGUCAUCAUUUGUAUAAAACAAAACCCACGACAGUAUACUUUAAUUCCUUUGGAGUAUUUCCUCAUACAUUUUGAAAACUCCCAAGAAUACAUUCUUAAGUAGUAAGGCCGUGGUAUGUGCUAUCUUGUCUGUGGGGAAAGUGCAUGUAAAAGAUCCCAUGCUGCAUGAGAAAAAAUGUAGCGGGUUUCCUCUGAUGACUACGUGUCAGAAUUACCAAAUGUUUGACAUCCAAUAGUCGAUGAUUAAUUAGUCAGUGUGCUCUCAUGAUGUUGAUAAAAAAAAAAAAAACUUUAAGCCUUUGCAAUUGUUUACGGAAAUGUCCACAGCAAAACACGUGUUGAGGAGAGUUAAAAACUACGGCAUUGCUGAUUGCAGGGGUCGAGUAGAUAGUGGGAUCUCUCAAAAUAUGGGCCCUUUUACAUAGUAUAUCUUUGUGGAAUAUACAAACGUACACAGACACACAUGCACGUGUGCAUAUCUCAUGUUACAAUUUCUAAAUUAAUCUAUAGAAAUUUGAUUAUUCUUUUUGCAUUUAUUUUGUUUUAUAUAUCGGUCAGUCAUUUAUUAGUUCCUUACCUAUCCAACUGGUCGGCUGGUCCGUCCGUCUGUCAGUCUGUCUGUCUGUCUGUCUGUCUCACAUAGUUUUCAAGGCUUUGUUUUGGCAGUGCCUCAAGAUACUGAACUGAAAUUUUGUGUACAGCUUUAUCAUGUACUGUUACUGAUCUAGCGAUUGACCUAUGUUUCACAAAGUUAUGGCCCUUGAACUUCGGAGAUAAGAAAACAAUUUAGGACUGGUAGCGGAUAUGUAUUGUUUUAGCAGUCGGUGGUGUAGGAAGGUGCCUAAAAGUGUGGGGGGGGGGGGGGGGUGGGGGGGCACACAAUUUUAUUUACUCACUUUUACACUUAUAAAGCAAAUAAAAAGCAAAAUAUCAGAAAAGUGGGGGGUACAUGCCCCCCACCCCCAACUUCCUACGCCAGUGGCAGUACACUGAGAAGGCUUGUGUUAUGACGUACUGGGACAGUAAUGAUGCUGUCUUCAAAGUAUACAUUUUAAUUAAUAUAUACAUACAUAAAUUUAUUGUACAGUUAAAAAAAUUUUUUUUUUUAAUGUUUUAUGUUUCAGUCAGUGACCUUAGUUCUGGUGAUUUGUAUUUUACAUAAAAUGUAUUUGGAGCUAUUACAAAGACUUGAAUCUCUAAUGACGUCACAUGUAUAUAGUUUGUAUUAUGUUGCCAUGAUGUCGGGGUCUUGUUUACAUAGUGGGGGGCGGGGGGCGGGACGUAGCCCAGUGGUAAAGUGCCACUUGAUGAGCGGUCGGUCUAGGCUCAAUUCCCGUCGGUGGACCCAUUGAGCUAUUUCUCGUGCCAGUGCUCAACAAAAUAUCCCAUACUGCUAAUCGAAAAGAAUAGCCGAUGAAGUGGCGACAGCGGAUUUCCCCUCUCAAUAUCUGUGGUCCAUAACCAUAUGUCUGAUGCCAUAUAACCGUGAAUAAAAUGUGUUGAGUGCAUCAUUAUCAUACGUUUAUGCUCGUUUAUAAAACUUGGGAAUCCAGACUCAGAUCUCUAAUACGGUCACAACUAUACAGUUUGAUGAUGUUGCCAUGAGGUUAAAGUCUCUGACUAUUACAGUCGGGGGGAGGGGGGGGGGGGGAUAUCCAGUGGUAAAGCACUCGCUUGAUGCGCAGUUGGUCUGGGAUCGAUUCCCGUCAGUGGUCCCCAUUGGGCUGUUUGUAAUUCCUGCCACUGCAUCACUACUGGUAUAUGAAAGGCUGUGGUAUGUGCUGUACUGUCUGUGGGAUGGUGUAUAUAAAAGAUCUCUUGCCAUGGGAAAAAGGUAACAGAUUUUCUAAGACUAUGUCAAAAUUACUGAAUGUUUAACAUCCAAUAACCAAUGAUUAAUAAAUCCAUGUGCUCUAGUGGUGUUGUUAAACAAAAUUAACUUUAAACUUUUAUUUUACUAGAUUUUGGAGUCUAGACUAAAACUUUUAUGAGCACGUAUUAUUUUCUUCUAAUGUGAUAGCCAAAAAUAUUUUAUGCAGCCUUUAAACUAGGGUCAGUGUAUUGAACCGGUACUGUGACUGUGACCUGUAAUUGUUUUUAAUCUGUACAGUUUCUCUGAAUGUAACAUGUCUAUUAAAGUGUACAUUAUUUC